AUGAAGCAUUCAUGGCUGUUUCUUCCUUACCUGUUGCAGGUUUCACUCUCGCUGGUUGUUGAGAAUGGCUCGGAUAAUGGUGAGAAUGCAGUUGAACGCGUCAUUGAAAUCCCAAACCUUAGUCGGACCCGUAAGGAACGGUUCUUAAUGUUCUGGGAGAAAGACUUGAUUGUGAGCAACAAUGUCACCAGCAUCCCCACAACUUCGACGAUGGAUGCCUCGUCCGCCGUUGCUAGUUCUUCGGCACCGGCAUCAACGAUUUCAGUCGUUUCAAGCAGUGCUAUUAGCAGCAGUGCACCAUCGACGGUGUCGUCGACAUCAUUGCAGGCUUCCUCGUCUGCCACCUAUCCUUCUUUUACAUUCAGCACUUCAACCUUGCCGUCUUCCUCUUCAGCAGCUCUGGAGUCUUCCACUGUAAGCAGCGAAUUGCCGUCUUCAUCACCAGUGUCGACCAUUUUCAGUCCUAGUUGGGUUCCAACUAGUUCGUCCGUGUUUGUGUUGAGCACGCCCAGCAUGUCGGCCAGCAGCAGCUCGACUCUGGAUGAGUCAAGCAGCUCUCCGUCACUGAGUUUCGAGUUGAGUUCAAGCUCGGUUCAGACACCAGAUCCAUCGAGUGCUUGGAGUUCUAGCACUAUUGAUAGUACUACUAGUACUGUUACUACUAGUAGUAGCAGCAUUGGUAGCAGCAUUAGUAGCAGUCUUAGUAGUAGUAGCGACAUGGCAAGUUCGUCGAGCUUUGUCUAUGUUCCUUCUUCUACUUUCUCUACUUCUUCUGCAUCUGCUUCUCCCUUCACUUCUUCUUCUUCUUCUUCUGAGCUCGCUGUCUCUUCGUCGUCGGACACUUCGUUUCUCUCUUCUUCUUCUACUUAUUCUUUUAUUAUUCCGUCCUCUAUUUCUUCCCCGUCCUCGACAGUAACGGUGAUUCUGCCAUCUUCAUCGUCCUCCACAAGUCCCUCUUCGUCUCCUUCAAGCACAUGGUCGAGUUCAAGUUCCUCCUUCGUGUGGUCUUCCCUUUCUUCGUCUGCUUCUGAGCAGUCUUCUUCGUUGUUUACGAGUUCGCCUGUGUCUUCCUCGUCGCAGUCGUUCUCCACGUUAACAGUGCAGUCGCCGUCGUCCAUUGUUUCUCCUACACAAGCAGCCCGGGCUAUGGUUACAUCAAGAGCGCCUGAAACUCUGGCUAAUUCGACUAGUAGCAAGCUGAGUUCGACAACUAGCUCUUCCGAGAGCAGUUCCUCCAGUUUGUCGCUGACGAGACUGACGACUUCAACCCUGAACAGCACUACCUUUUCAACUGUCUCUACCACUCCGACAAUGAGUAAUUCUACCACCUCCUCGUUCCCAUCAACGUCUUCGACGUUGUCAUCGUCGUCGUCCUCGUCGUCCUCUUCAUUGACAUCAUCUUCGACUACCGAUCCAAGUCUUACAACCGUUACUAUGUCUUAUGAAACUGUUAUUACUUCUCAUAAACAACGUUCGACAGUUGUGCUUGUUACAGUGCAAACAUUAACAGUCGGUGUUAGUACUUCUAAUCAUCAUCGCACUACCAUCACGUCUGUUCUCUACGUUUACGCUUCCCCGAACUCGGAAUCACAGACUUCUGUAGUAUCAGCAGGCAUGUCUUCGGUUGGUGAGCCAAGCAUGAAGGUGAUCGCACUUAUCACUACCUUCUCUCUGGCUAUUGCUGCUUUAGUGGUGGUUUGA